UUUUUUUCGCGUUUUCUGCGCGGAUUGACCAAUAGGCUACAUUUCUGUCCAUGCAUACAGGUGUGCACGGCUGCGCAUACUGUAGCAGCGUGGGAUCGGGCGCUUUGCGUUUGGGAGCGUCUGCUGAUUGUUUGUGUGACGCGGACGGAAAGCAGCGGAGCGGCGCCUGUCUGCAAACCGCGCAACUGGGGCAAUGCAUUCAGUCAGCGCGCAGCAGCGGCAGCAGCGCACCGACGAGCCGCUGUGAUCCGAGAGCCUCCGCACGGCGACGGCUCUCUCUUUCGUAACGGAGUCCGGGCAGCUUCGGCGUUUGCGGGACAAUUCCGAGCUCUGAGUGUCGGGACGAGGCAGGCGUGUGUCGGAGGGUUUGCGUCGCCUCUUUGUUGUUGUUGUUGUUUUUUUCGUAUCGCUCUCUGGUUUUCAUCCCGGAUCCCGCAAGAUGCAGCCUCUUCUUACCUGACAGCUCUGUGGCACCACAGCUGCUGCUGCCUACAGCUCUCCUGUGGUCAUCAUCAUCAUCAUCAUCAUCAUCAUCAGGAUCUGUCACGUCAAACAGGACAAGAUAGGCUUCGGCUCGUCAUCGAAAGUGGCCCCUGUCAAGAGAGAAACCUGCUGAAGAUGACUUCAUCCGAGCCGAUUGCCUGAAAGCAGCAUGAGAUAACUGAGGACCAUCACACUAACUGCUGAUUCGAGCUGUUUUCUCUUUUGAGGACUGGUCCAAAACCAUGUUCUUGUGUGUGAGCUGACUCACCGGCGGGGUUGGGGCCCGGGGGUCGCAGUGGUGUUCUAGCACGGGGACGCAGCCCAGCAGCUCAGACGCGGACACCGCCGGAGAAAGAUGGCUCGCCCCGGGUCGGGGCUCCUGGUGCCCAUGAACGGCGUGGGGUACCCGCCUCAGAACCUGGCCAGGGUGGUGGUCUGGGAGUGGCUGAACGAGCACGGGCGCUGGAGGCCGUACAGCGCGGCGGUGUGCCACCACAUCGAGAACGUGCUGAAGGGGGACGCCAGGGGAAGCGUGGUUCUCGGGCAGGUGGAUGCCCAGCUCUCCCCUUACAUCAUCGACCUGCAGUCUAUGCACCAGUUUCGGCAGGACACAGGCACCAUGAGGCCCGUGCAGAGGAACUUCUACGAGCCGUCGUCGGCCCCAGGGAAAGGCGUGGUGUGGGAGUGGGAGAACGACAACGGCUCGUGGACGCCGUACGACAUGGAGAUCUGCGUGACCAUCCAGAAUGCCUACGAGAAGCAGCACCCGUGGCUGGACUUGACCUCUCUGGGCUUCUGCUACCUCAUCGACUUCAACAGCAUGUCCCAGACCAACCGGCAGAGUCAGCGCAAGCGCCGCCUCCGGAGACGCAUGGACCUGGCGUACCCGCUCAUCAUGGGCUCCAUUCCCAAGUCCCAGUCGUGGCCCGUGGGUGCCAGCUCUGGCCAGCCCUGCUCGUGCCAGCAGUGCAUCCUGGUGAACAGUACAAGAGCUGCCUCCAACGCCAUCCUGGCCUCGCAGCGGCGUAAGCACUACGGAGGGACGGCUGGCAACCCGGGCGCCACGGGAGCCCUCGGCGGCGUGCGGCAGAGCAACACCUUCGCUGGAACCUCCCUGUGGUCCCCGACGUCCGGCUCCUCCGGUGCCAACCACAAUAACAUAAGUGUGGGAGGUGGGCAGUCGAAAGCCGAACAGGUGCAGUCGCCGCUGUCUUCUGCCAACUUCCCCUGCUCCCCGGUGAUGCCAUCGCUUUCAUCCUCCCACGGUCACCGCGCGCUCACCAUCAACGGACAGAACAAUCUGAACCGGCCAGGCACCCAGCGCAUUUCCAUGGGGACCACCAGAGGAGCCAUCCCACCCGGUGUUCCUGCUUUACCAGUGAAAAACCUGACCGGGUCUGGACCUGUGCACCCGGCGCUAGCAGGCAUGACAGGUAUCCUGAUGUGCGCUGCAGGUCUACCCGUUUGUCUGACUCGAGCUCCAAAGCCUAUACUGCACCCACCACCCAUCAACAAGAGUGACAUGAAGCCUGUGCCAGGGAUCAAUGGCAUGCGGCGCAAAACCAAGAAGAAGCACCUGAAGAGAGGUAAAAACCCGGAGGAUGUGGUCCGAAGAUACACAGAGAAGAUUAAAGUGGCGCCAGACGAGGACUGUACCAUCUGCAUGGAGAGGCUGGCGAUGUCAUCGGGCUACGAAGGCAUCCUGCAGCACAAAGGCAUCAAGCCAGAGUUGGUGGGCAAACUUGGCAAAUGUGGUCACAUGUACCAUCUGCUGUGCCUGGUGGCCAUGUACAACAAUGGCAAUAAGGACGGCAGCCUGCAGUGCCCAACGUGUAAGACAAUCUACGGGGAGAAAACAGGCACCCAACCCCCUGGGAAGAUGGAGUACCACGUCAUCCCCCACUCUCUGCCCGGCUACUCGGAAUGCAAAACUAUCCGCAUCGUGUACGACAUCCCCGCCGGGAUCCAGACCAUCGAGCACCCCAACCCCGGCAAGAAGUUCAGUGCGAGAGGCUUCCCUCGACACUGCUACCUCCCCGACAACGAGAAAGGCAGGAGGGUCCUUAAACUCCUCAUCAUGGCGUGGGACCGCCGCCUCAUCUUCACCAUCGGCACAUCCAGCACCACGGGAGAGUCGGACACGGUCGUGUGGAACGAGAUUCACCACAAGACGGAGUUUGGCUCCAACCUGACCGGCCACGGCUACCCUGACCCCAACUACCUGGACAAUGUCUUGACGGAGCUGUCGGCCCAGGGCGUUGGAGAGGACAAUCUGAAGGACUGACGUGCCGGCCACAGCGGCGACCAGCAACACGGCAUCCUUCAGAGAACAAGGGACGAUGCAUGCUGUGCCAGUCUACGUCUGGCGACUCCUUAACAGCUUACAACCUGAAACGUUCUUCAGAAGUGGCUGACCAAGAGCAAUAGAAGCAGAAACCAAUGGUUCAGAUUUACGUUUGAUCUCCACCCAGCUUUCUCCCGAUCCAUGCCUUGAGGAUGUCGAGUCCCGCCGCGAUGAGCUCCCUCCCUCUGAGAGGAGGAUGUGAGGAUGGUUUUAUACUCGUGUCGGAAGCUGCAGGCCGUAGUUUGCACGUAACCCCUUUCAGAGUUGAAUCUCUACAGCGCUCUACACUUGCGAGUUGGAAGGUCAGGGUCCAAAUCAGACAUAUUUUAAAGUUUAAGCUUUUGAAUGCAUGACCCCGACUAAUGCUGCAUCAUGAAUGUUGAGCAAAUACGGCAGGAUGAGUUGUUGCCUGACAUAACAAAGAUACACAGGAGAUAAUUUCAGCUGUAAUUUGCAUUUGCUUUGCUAUUUUGACUUCACAAUCAAUAAUUGCAGCACUUUGUUUGCAAAAGUAUUCACACCCCUUCUUGUCACAUUAUUACCACAAGCUUCAACUGGGAUUUUGAAUGGCAAAAUGAUGGUUCUCAAAAUCGAUUACAAAUAACCUUUUACUACAACUACAGCAAUUCUUUUGGGAUAGAUAUCUAGGUCUGGACUUUGACUAACAUGUGCUCGUUAACACAUGCUUCUUCUGUCUGUGCUGUUCUGUUGCAGCUCUCGGUGUUUGCUUGGGGUUGUUGUCCCGAUGGGCCUGCGCUCGUCUUCAGAUUCUUCUGUUUUCUUCCAUUACUGCCAUUUAAUUAGCUCCAUUCAUCUACCCAUUAACACCAACCAGCGUCUCCGCCCCGGCUGAAGACAAUUAUGCUGCCGCCAUCUUGUUUCACGUUGGGGAUGGUGUGUUCGGGGUGAUGUGUGGUGUUAGAUGAAGGCAGAUGGUUACGGUGCGUUUUGUUUAGAUUUUUGCGAGUCGUGAUUUGCAAAAAUCAUUCAUCAUUUCCCUUCCACUGCACAACUUUGUGCUCAUUUUAAUUAAUCUCCACGAAGAAAAAUAUGAAUGAAAUACUUAAAAGUUUGCAGUCGCAGCAUAACAAACUCUGAGAAGACCAGGGGGUGUGAAUACAAAGCAAACCGCCUGGGCAACUUUUAAGAUUCCUGAUUUGGUGAACGCUAUUUAAGGUCAUCUUUUAUUUAUAUUUGUUUACCAAUUAGUAUUCUGCAAGGUGCUUAGAUGUCUGAGAGGUGCAGACCCAAACGGGUAUAUUGGACUGUUGGGCGGAGAGGUCAGACCGGCCGAAACGAAGCCUGCAAACAGGACGUCGAGGCUGUGCAGCAGGAUUUCCUUGAAGGUCAAACUCAUCCGCUUCGUUGGCGAUGCUGAUGAGCCUGACCUCUGCGAACAGAAAGCCUGCUUUGUUAUUAUUCUCCACUGUCGCAAGUUUCCCCGUCCGUUGGCUCCAUCCAUCACGCCCGACCAUACGGGAGGAGCGAGAGCGCGGUCGCCUGCUGUGAGGCGUCACAGCGCUGGUUCUAAGUCCUUGUGUGGAACAGCUGAGCACCCAGAUGGACGUUCCUCUCUCAGACACCAAAUGAUUUUUACUCUUCCGAGCUCCAUCGCCUGCUCGCUGAGCAGGGGGGGCUCACUGUGCUCGGCAGCACACCGAGCUCAACAGCCCGUACGGCGAGCAGUGAAACAUUUCAUUUCAUGCAGUUGUUUUAAGCUGAUCCUGACGCAUGGCUUCCACCUCGCUUCUUCUCGGCUGUAGAGCUAAAGAGGGGUGCAAAAUUUCAUCUUGCGUUUUUGCAGAGAAGGUUUUUUUGGUUGUUUUUAUUUCCUGCAUCCUCGUCGUUUGUAAUAUCUGAGAGCUUGAGCUUCUCUAGGCCUUCAUAACGUUUCUUUGCAACCUAUCAGUGGAUAAUCCUCCUGAGUGUAUGCGAUCAAUGCGAUGACUUGGGCCGGGGGCUGAAUCAUAGUCUUCCAUAGCACCUUCAGGCAACUUUUCUGUUUAAUCAGUCUUUUUAUUCUAUUGAAUUUUUCUUUUAGAAGAUGUCUAAAAUUGCUAUUUACUGUCUUUUUUUAAGUAGAUGUCUAUAAACUGGCUUGCGAUGCUUUAAAGAAAAAAAUUAUAUAUAUAAUAUAUAUCUAUAUUAUAUAUAUAAUUGCAGAUGUGAUAUACCUUUAAUUUUUAGCUCAGUUUGAGUCGGUGGCGUAAGUUUAGUUUAUUUUUAUACUCUUAUAUAUAUAUAUAUAUAAAUAUAUAUAUAUAUGGAAAAAAGAAAAGAAAAAAAGAUUGUCCCACAUAUUUAUACGCAAACACAUGUCAAAAUGGAUUCUGGCAAAGUCUGUCAGUUUGUCAGGGACUGAAACAUGUGUGACAUGUCAUGAAUGUUGUAUAUUACAAGUAGUGUUAGAAAACGGCUGUCGUCACCUUAAUGUAGAAUCUGCAUUGCUGAUUGCCUGUCGGACGCCAGUAAAUUCAGUAAAUUGACUCUUAUUAUUGGCGAGGGAAGGUCAGCAUGAAGAUAUGUUCUCUUUUUUUGUUUUUUUUCCCACGAGUUAGGCCACUUUAAUCUUCUUCUGCCUGCGCCGAACUUGAAAUCCUUUCUGUGCAGUCUGGAGGCGAAAUGGGCGGAUAUACAUGUAAGAGGUUGUUUUAGCAAAAUGAAAAACAUGAGACCAGCAUGUAAACCAAAUCAAAGACCAUGAAAACAAAGAGGUAUCAUCUUUGUCAUUGGUCAUUGGUCGUUUGCAAUAAUGUGAGUAGGAAAGGAUCCCACUCUAACAAUUUAACACUCAGCCCAACAAGAUAACCCAAAGAAAUGCUUGACAUAUUUCUUACUAGUUAAUGUUUCCGGUCAAAUAAGACAAACAAACAACCAUCUGCUCAUUGUUGCUCCCUGUCUUUGGUGUCCUGGGUAAAGAUGUGGUAUAAAAAAUGAAAAGAAAAACAAAAGUAUAGGUUCUUAAGAUAAAUUUGCUUUAUUUUAUUUGACUUAUUAUUUAUUAAUUAAUUUAUUUUCAAUAUUAUUGGAACUCCUUAUAAUUCAUUGUGAUGAAUUGACACAAGCGUUUUUAUUUCUUUAACACAUCUCACGCCGAUCCGCUCAGGUAAAUCACAGUUAGUCGAUACGAUACGGAGGCCAACAUGCUCUUAGCCUCAUCUAAAUGGGAAAUACAAGAGAACAUAACUUUCCAGUUGGGAUGCAGCAUAUCAAUCCUUAUAAGUCAGAAAAUAGCUUAAAGAAAACAAAUACUGGAACUGCAACAAAUAAUCUGAGUGUGAGUUUUUUGUCAGUAAGAGUUUAGCUGAAGCUAGGUUUAUCUUUUGCCCUUGGCACGAAGUUUAAAGGGACAGGACGUCCCAAUGAAAGAUGAAUUUCAGAGUUUUAACACGUCUUUACCAGGGCUACCGGUAAGUGUGUAGGGUGCAAAGUUGUGCACAUUUACGAUUCCACAAAAGCAGGAAAUUUGAGGAUAAUUUUGGAUUGCAUGACAAAAGAAUGCGUUACGUUUCCUCUAUUGAUGUGUAGAACCCAAAAACCAAGAUUAACAAAAUAUAUAUACGUAUAAUAAUAAAUGCAUAAUAUAAUGUUGGUAACCGACCAGGACAAGUUCUAAACUUCCACAUCAAGUUCACAUUAAAAAGAGGACAAAACCACAGAAAAGCUCCGCUCCUCUAUAAAUGUCUGCAGUACCGUGGAUAACGCACCCUUACUGCAGGCAAAAUGCUGAAAUAAAAGGCUUGUGUGUGUGUGGAGUUAUUAUCCUUAACCGUGUGUGUGCAAUGAAACCUAUUGCCAAUUUAUUAGCUGGAAAACAAGCAUGGAAGCACAUAGCAAGAACAAAAGCUGUUACCACAGUCCCCAGGACCAAACGCAUCAGCUGUCAGAGAUGUAGAGAAAGUAUUUAUUUACUAAAUUGUCCUGCAAUAUUUUUAGUGUUAUCUGUUUUAAAAAAAAACUUCUGAAGAAGUACAGUACAAUGUUUGACCCCGGGUGUUAAAAGCGGUCACUGUUCCAGGAGUUUCCUCCCUCGCACCUUCCUGACACUCUUUUAAAAAAAAACAAAUUUAAAAAGAUAAAUAAAUACAUAAAUGGGACAGCAGGACAGAAAGCUGUGAAUCAGGGAUUUCAUUUUUUUCCCCUUCGUUCUUUCGAUGAAGUUUCGGUUACAGAGCGAAAAUGAUCUGCCUGAACAUAAAGAGAGAGAGAAGGCUUUUAUGCAAUUUCCUAUUUUUAAGCUCCAGUACGUGGCUCGUCUGUAGCAGGACGGCAGAUUUCCGGUUUAUAUGGCAGCAGUUGUUUCCUUUAGAGUUUGCCUACCUCCCGGCUUAUGAGCAGAGGGGGUUUCAGUCCGAGGACGUUAAUAUGCUACGUGUUUGAAGACAUAUAUUUUUAUGUAUUUUUUAAUGAUUGUCUCUAAAAGGAAUCUUAUGUAACAUUAUGUUUAUUCACUUCAUACUUUUGCAUUUGAUUAGAGGUGGUCAGAGCUAUUAUUACAUAAUAUAUUUACAUAUAUAUUCGCUUGUAGUGUCUGCUGAAAACUGUGGAAGUAGUUGGGGGGGGGUUUCUAUGUGUGUGUGUGUGUGUGUGUGUGUGUGUGUGUGUGUGUGUGUGUGUGGCAGGUAGGUGUCCAGUAAACAAAGCUUUCGUUCAUGUCCUUUCAAGAUGCAGUAAUGUUCUCCUAGAGGUGCAUGUCAGUCAAACUGUAAGUGUAUUGACAAUGCAUAGUUCUGUCAAUGAAAACAUCAUAGUGUCUUCUGGAGAAAAAAAAAAGUGAUUUAUUGAAUUCUUUAGUUAGAAAGAUCUUAUGGCCUAUCUUGGUUUUGAUUUACAGGCACAUCUGUAUAAAUAAAAAAUAUCAAAAGUACAUUUAUUCCAGUUUUUUAAUUCACCAAGUGAAACAGAUCCCUAUAGAUUCGUCACACACGUUCUGACAUAUUUUAAUCGUUAUGUAUUUGUUCAUUUUCUUUAUUGCAACUCACAGCUUAUGAGAGACUGAAAUUCAGUUUGUCAGAAAACAAUGUGAAUAUUGCAAAAGGCUAAAAAGGCUAAAUUUUUCAUCAACACACUUUUACGCAGCGCUUUGCAUAGAGGCGCUAAUGUCAACAACAAUUUCUGUUGCUUCUUUGUGUUUACGUUUUUCCCUUCCCCUUAACUUUCCAUCAGCAUGCAUGCAUGCAGCGCUCUAACCAGGUAGCAUGUCCCCCUUUUUCUGCUUCACCUUUCUUCCACUCAACUUUCCGCGAACACACUGGUGCAUAAGGACCAACUUGCACACUUUUUCCUUCUACUGAACCUUUCACUUACAUGCUGCGCCAAUGUAAAAAGUCAUUUUCUUUAGCAAUGAUCCCUGUUGUAUAUCCCCCCCUUUUUGCACCACACUUUCCCCUCACACUUCACUCUCCGUCAGCGUGUUUGGACUCAGCCUUUGUUGCUUCCCUUCCUUUGGAAGCAUGUCAGCGAUUGACUGCUGGACAACUGUCAGCAGUUUUUCCACGAUUGCUUCGGCCAUUACACGACGUUUUCCACACAACGCGAUCUAUACAAUAUGUUUGGGUUUUUUUUUUUUACUUUUUGAGUAGAUCAAUGAAAAAUAACAUUUUGAUGAUAUUCUGAUUUAUUGAGAUGCACCCUGUUUGAGGCAGCACCAGGCACCUACAAACUCCAUAUGGUAUAGUUGUUGUUUUUGUUGUUUGUUUUGUUUUUUAAAAUGCAUUCAGGUGGCCAUUUCAAAAAUAUUCUAAUCGGUCACUUAUUGUUUUUAUUACUUUUUCAUUUAACCUCCAGCAGUGUGACACUAACAAAAAUGCAAGCUACUGAGAGACACUGAUUAAACUAUAAAGGGCUUCUUAAUCAAUCAGUCUUUAUUGAAUUGUGAUGACCUUGUUGCAUGUUUUGUGUGUUCCUUGUGGAAAAAAAAAUAAAUAUAUGUGCCGCUGGAGGCUCUGAGGGAUUUUUCUCACCUUGACUCUUGAUUCCACCCAGCUUCUCUCUCUCUCUCUCUUUCUGUAUUUGUUUUCUGAACGGCCUCUCCAGGCGUUGUGACGCGCUCUCACUCGGGCUGCUCCAGCCCGCUCUCUGCUGCGCUCUCUUGCUCCGUGGAUCGAAACGAGCUUCGUGGGAGCCGCAGAGACGCUUCUGGCUGGCAGUGAAUCUGCUUCACCGCCGUUUUUUUGUCCCUCUUGACUUGUUUGGAGCUGUGGUUGGUGGAAAUAAAAGCGAGCUCUGGGAUCUGUU